AUAGAAUGGGGGAAACUGAACUGAUAAGUUGCUCAAACAAAUCGCACAACGAAUGCCGGUUACAAACAUUUCAGUCGCCUACUUAAACUUGAAGAGUGAACAUUAUAUUAGAAAAUAUUUUAAAAUAAAUUGAUUAGACUGAAAAAAAAAUGAGUAAGACGACCAUACUAUGUCUUAAUGAUUAUUGCCUGUACGCAAUAUUCGAUCAGAUAGAACUUAAUUGUAAACUAAUGGGAAGGGAAGUGACUGAAGACAGCAUUCGAUACGCAGAUAUUAUUAAUUUUGCGAGCUGCUGCCAUCAUUUAAAUACAGCCUUUCUGGCCUGGAAUGUUAACCGGCGCCGCGACAUCGAUCGAGCAUUUUAUACCCUUUCGACAAGUGUUUGUAUUGACUUCCAAACACAUUACAACCGAGAGAAACAGAUUACUGCAGCAGAUAAGAAAGCCUCCUGGCAGACUCUUGUUAAUGCUCGAAUACAUAAUACUAAGCUCGAACAGAUCAUACUUGUGUACUUAUCCAAAUCGUACUGUGGUGAGCACAUAGAUGUAUUCGAAAUGACGCUGAGAGCACUUCGAAAUAAACGCACCUUGAGAAAACUAGAGAUUAAGAUGAAACCGUAUUCGCUGGACAAACUGCUGGACUUUGGUUACCUUGAAAUCCUUGACCUAGAUGUAUAAAUGGAAGCCCUUACCUUGGUCGAGUGUGUGAGAUCGAACCCGAAUCUCCGUGGGCUUGUUUUUAUAAGCA